AGGGUUUAAAAGAAAGAGUCCUUCGCUAAAAGCACAACACAUCAUCAGCCUCUUACACUUCAAAACUAACAAGUACGACCGCCACAAUGAAAUAUUUGACUCCAGCACUGCUGCUAUGUGCUCUGCUGUCACUGUCAGAUGCUUUCUGUACCGCUAAGGUCCCCACAAUUGGCAUGACCCACUGUCAGGACGAUGUCGAUAAGACAUGGCAUGCAGUCGGCUCUUCAUGGAGAAACAGUGCAUGUAUGGACUGUACUUGUGACGGUUGUUGUUCUGCGUAUGGCAUCCCAAGGGGCAUCCCUGAUGACUGCGUGUCAGUGUUUGACUGGAAGGCAUGCGACUACAUAGUGCACAAGAAAGACGACCCGACGGUGCUAUGUACAAAUUAUGCUCGAGUAGGGAAGUGAUGGAGUCAUUGUUUUGGGACUACUGAAUUUAGUCCCAGGAGCAAGGAAACACAUUCACAUAAAAUGAUCAUGCAGAAUUCAGUUAAUCAUACAAAAUUUCAUGAUGCAUUUUUAAUUUACGUUCAAGUGGUAGCUUUAAAUCCAGUGUUGAGUUGAAUCUUAAAUAAAUAAUGUUUUUUUGAGGUUCUAAAUCAUCGCUCGUAUUUGAAUCAAUAACUUGUUUCUGUCUGCAGCCAACAUGGUGGAGUAUUUUAAUUAAACAUCAAUAAAAUGAAAUAUGUGCAGAGGAA